AUGCUUUUUGGGCUCCAUGGGAAAACAGGGGUUACCUCAGUGACCUGCCACAGGGACUACAUUUACAGCACGGGCCGGGACGGCGUCUACCGCCAGCUCCACCUGCAGGGCCAGCAGCUGGAGGUCCUGCGCAAGGACAGGCCGUGCAAAGGGCUGCAGUGGAUUGAGGAGCUGUGCUUCACCCCGGGUGGGGACCUGCUCGUGCUGGGCUUUCAUGCUGACAGCUUCGUGGUGUGGAGCAGCAGGACAGGAGGGAACCUCCACUGCAUCCCCUGUGGGGGUGGACACCGCUCCUGGAGCUACUGCAGCAGCCCCUCGGCCGAUGUCUUCGCCUUCAUCAAGUCUGGGGAUGUGAUGCUGUACUGCCGCGAGGCCGAGCCCUGCGAGCAGCAGGUGCUGCUGGCAUCCCUGCAGGGGCGGGAGAUCACCUGUGUGCGGCGCCUGGGGGCCCUGGAGGUGCCUGGCCACACUGCCCUUAACGUCUUUGUCACCGGCAGUGAGGACACCACAGCCUGUGUCCUGGCACUCAGUGAGCACUCUCGGGCAGCUGUGCCCCUCGCCCGCCUCAGUGACCACAUCUCCAGUGUGAGGACACUGGCACUGGCCAAUCCCACAGGACCUGGAUUCGAGGGAUUCGGUGACAAGGGCUUAUCUGCCCUGCUGUUCUCUGCGGGUGGCCGGGCACAGAUUGAGUGCUACCAGCUGCUGUGUGCUGGGGACACAGAGUCUGAGAGUGCUGUGGCCUGCCAGGUCAUCCACGUGGCUUCCCACCGACUGGACGAACACUGGGAACGGAAGAAGAACAGGCACAAGCUCGUCAAGAUGGACCCAGAGACGAGGUACAUGUCCCUCUCAGUUGUGCCUGGGACCAGCACCGAGCAGUUGCCAACACCCUGGAAGUUUCUGGCUGCUGCCUGCAGCGAUGGAUCAGUCCGGGUCUUUGGGCUGCUGGAGGCUGCUCGGAAGUUGGUGCUGGUUGCAGAGUCAUUUCACCACCAACGCUGUGUGCUGAAGGUCGAGGCGUUCCUGCACACACAGGCAGGAGGGGAGAGGAGGCACCUCCUCUGCAGCGCAGCCACGGAUGGCAGUGUCGCUUUCUGGGACAUCACCAGCCCCAUCGCAGACGCAGCAGACGCUCUGCACCGAGCAGAGGGAGAGAUGCAGCCCCUGGCCCUGGGCACCCCUCUGCUCACCAUCAUGGCCCACAGCUGCGGCGUGAACAGCCUCCACGUCCGAGAGAUGCCGGAGGGACAGUAUCUGGUGGCCAGCGGCAGCGACGAUGGCUCCAUCCAUGUCUGCCUGCUGAAGGUGGCCCUGGGUGGGGGUGAGGACGCAGCACGGACCUGCCUGCAGGUUGUGGAGCGGGUGGCCAGGCCCUGUGCCCAUGCUGCUCAUGUGACAGGGAUCCGGGUGCUGCGGCCAGACCUGCUGCUCUCCGCCUCGGUGGACCAGCGCCUGACGCUGUGGCGCUGGGGCCUGGAUGGGCUGGUGCCCCUCAGCACCACCUUCUUCCACGUGCCUGACCUGGCUGAGCUGGACUGCUGGGAGGUGGCAGAGGCUGGGGGGAAGCUGCAGUACUACUGUGUGCUCUGUGGGCAGGGCCUGGAGAUGCUGUGUGGCACAGCCCCCCCUGAACCACUUCCACAAGAGGCUCCUCUGUAA